CAUUCGAUUUUGGAUACAAUGGCUGCUGCUUCAGAACCGAGUCUAUGCGCCAACGGCUGCGGAUUCUACGGCUCCCCUCAAACCCACAACCUCUGCUCCAAAUGCUACAAGGACUCCCUGAAGAAGAAGACAAAGGAACAAUCCACCAUCCACGCCGUUUCUUUGACCGGCGCUACAGACGAUUUCGUUUGCGCCCUGCCCGCCGCUAAGUCGGACUACGGCGGCUGCGGGACGAGUAAAGUCAACAAGAGCCGGUGCAAGGCGUGCAACAAGAAGGUCGGCCUGCUGGGUUUCACCUGCCGCUGCGGUGACGUGUUCUGCGGGUCCCACCGAUACGCCGAAGAACACGGCUGCAGCUUCGACGUCAAGGGAAUGGCACGCGAGAUUUUGGCGAAGCAGAACCCGCUCUGCAAGGCCGAUAAAUUGGAAUUCAGGAUUUGAACGCGGUUUAGUGUAGUUUGGUUUAUUAGAUUGUUUUUCUUUAGUUCCUUCCGACGAUUGGUUUCCAUAAUUGUAUUUACUUUUAAUUAAUUUGAUUCUUAAUG